UAUAUAACCCUCACACCACCCUUAAUUUAGUCUUGUAAACUAACUUUCUCCCUCAUUCAUACAACAGAUGUCUCAAAUCGAUGAAAAAUCACCCGAACACUGUGCAGAAAAGAAAGUCAUAAAGAUUAAGAAGCAUCACAAGAAACUAUUCUAUACGUUCACCACCUUCUUCCUUUCAAUCCUCUUAGUUAUGCUCCUUGUCUGGCUCGUACUCCACCCUACCAAGCCAGAGUUUGCCCUAAAAGAAGCUGAUAUAUACCAACUUACACUCUCAGGAUCUCACCUUCUCAAUUCAUCCAUUCAAAUCACCUUUCUGUCAAACAACCCGAAUCAAAAAGUUGGAAUCUACUAUGACGAAAUCCAAGUUUAUGCUUCCUAUAAGGGUCAACAAAUAACACUUGAUUCAUCUGUCCCUCCCUUUUACCAAGAACAUAAAGACACCAAUCUUUUAUCAAUGGUUUUGGUCGCAAACAGUUUGCCUGUGGAUCCCUCUUUCGGUUAUGAAUUGGGUCAUGAUCAGAUGGCGGGAAAACUAGUUUUGAACGUCAAGGCAAAUGGACGACUCAGAUGGAGGGUGGGAACCUGGGUCUCUGGCAGGUAUAGGUUUAAUGUAAACUGUGUUACCGUUUUACUUUUUGGUUCAUUUGCACCUGCAGGUCCAUUGACUGCCAAGCAAGGGACCCAGUGUUCAACUACAAUUUGACCACCAAAUACUAUACGUAUAGGUUGAAUUAAACUUCAGAGAUGAUAAGUUCUCUUAAGUGAAUAUGUAAAGUGUUUUUACGGUUUGUAAAUCUUGUCUUUGGUUCUUUAUCCCUCAAUAUGAUAUAAUGAGAUAGUUCUCCCGUGCUAUAUAUUAGUAGCGGAUUUCAA